AUGAAAUUCUCAUCUGCCCUCGUUGGUACCUUCGCGGUUCUUGCUAUCGCAGCUCCAGCACCACACCAAAAGCGUGCUGGUGUCCUUGCCACCAAGACUUACGAUGAGAUCUCCAUCUCAGGCGGCGUCACCGGCAACGCUAAGCAAGAAGCCCUCGACGUCUUCUCCGCCUUGGACCUAACCAAUAUGGCCGCCGUCGACCUCGCCGAUAUCGACUUCCUCGGUUCCGUAAACGACAUCGGCAAUGAUGCUGAAGUAGGUGCCUUUAAUCCUGCCAUUUCUGCCGCAUCAGGAGCCGAGAAGACCGCUUUGCAGAACGGCAAGAUAAAGAACAAGGUGUUGAAGUUGCAGGCGACGGUCUUAGAGCUGCAGAUCAAGGCUGCGCAAGGAGAGGAUACGGCUGAAAAGUUGGCGGCGGAGACGAAGAAGUUGAAUAAUAAUAUUGCAUUGGAUGUUAAGGCUGCGGGGCAGGCAAGCACGAAGUUGGCGUUUGAUGCUACCACCACGUAG